GGAGUGAUGGCCCACAGGGAUCCUGGCCGCUGACCCUUCAGCUCUCUCCCCAGAGCCACCAACGCCAGACUCUCCUCACACGGGGCUAGUCCACCCUGCCCUGCCUCUGCUGGAGCCCAGGAGCUCCAGGACUGGGCGUGUCCGGCCAGCAUGGCGACCGCCGCCUCCCCUCAGCCGCUGCUCACCACCGAGGUCACCAGCUCUGAGAACAGCAGCUCCUUCUAUGACUACGAGUACUACCUGAACCUGGAGGCCUUCCUGCUCUGCAGGAAGGAUGAGGUGCUGUCCUUCAGCAAAGCCUUCCUGCCAGUCUUCUACAGCCUGGUCUUCGUGCUGGGCCUGGGCGGGAACCUCCUUCUCCUAGUGGUCUUGCUCCGGUACGUGCCUCGCAGGCGGAUGACAGAGGUCUAUCUGCUGAACCUGGCUGUCUCCAACCUCCUGUUCGUGGUGACCCUGCCCUUCUGGGCCAUUUCUGUGGCCUGGCAUUGGGUCUUUGGGAGUUUUUUGUGCAAGACCGUGAGCAUACUCUAUACCAUCAACCUCUACAGUGGCAUCUUCUUCAUUAGCUGCAUGAGCCUGGACAAGUACCUGGAGAUUGUCCACGCUCAGGCCCACCACAGGCUGCGGACCCGGUCCAAACGCUGGCUCCUUGUUGUCACGGUAUGGGCUGUGGCCCUGGCUGUCUCCAUCCCGGACAUGAUCUUUGUGCAGACACAUGAAAACCCUUUGGGUGUAUGGAAAUGCUAUCCGGAUUUUGGGGGACACGGGACCUUCUGGAAGCUCCUUCUCCGCUUCCAGCAGAACACCUUGGGGUUUCUCAUUCCUCUCCUCACCAUGAUCUUCUUCUACUCCCGCAUCGGCUCUGUCCUGGUCAGGCUGAGGCCCCCAGGCAGGGGCCGGGCUCUAAAGAUGGCCAUAGCCCUCGUGCUGGCCUUCUUCCUGCUGUGGUUCCCCUACAACCUCACCUUGUUCCUGCACUCGCUGAUGGACCUGAAAGUCUUAUGGGACUGCAAUGCCAGCAAGUACCUGGAUUAUGCGCUGCAGGUGACGGAGAGCAUCGCCUUCCUUCACUGCUGCUUCACCCCUGUCCUCUACGCCUUUUCUACCCGCUGCUUUGGCCAGUACCUGAAGGCUUCCCUGGCCACUAUGUUUGGACGGCACCAGGCCCCUUUCCCUCCCCAGGCCCGGCUGUCCAGCAGUUGUGAGAGGAGCAGCCUCACUGCCGAAGAAGAAAUGACCAGCAUGAAUGACCUUGGGGAGAGGGAGGCUGAGGACUCCCCCAACAAGGGGAAUGUGAGGGAAAAUGAAGGCCACGUGGCCAUGCCACGGUCUAGUGAGAGUGGAUGGGACCCAGCUCAGUAGGGGAUCCACCCAGAGUCUUCUCUCCAAGGGUCUCAUUGAUGAUGUUGCUAAACCCAGUGGUCAAUUUUCAGUUCUCAACCUUCAGCAGCGUCUGCCCACUCCUCCCCGGACAUCGUACUCCCUGAGCCGCCGCAAUAGUUGCCCAGCGGACCACUGUUUCCUAGUGUCAUGUUCUCCUAUCAUCUAUUGCAGAGGUCCCCAAACUUUCUGGAACCAGGGACCAGUUUCUGUAACUACCUCUUUGUAUUUCUUCUUUUUAAAAAAUUUUUAAAGUAUAUUUUAUUGAUUAUGCUAUUACAGUUGUCCCAUUUUUUCCUCCCUUUUAUCCCCCUUCUCCCUGCACCCCCCCACCCUCCAGCAUUUCCCUCCCCUCACACAGUUCAUGUCCAUGGGUCAUACAUAUGAGUUCUUUGGCUUCUCCAUUUCCUAUACUGUUCUUAACCUCCCUCCACCUAUCUUGUGCUUACCAUUUGUACUUCUUAUUCCCUGCACCUUUUCCCCUCAUUCUCCCCCUCUGCCUCCCCACUGAUAACCCUCCAUGUGAUCUCCAUUUCUGCGAUUCUCUUCCUGUUCUAGCUGUUUGCUUCAUUUUUAUGUUUUUUAGGUGCAGUUGUUGAUAGUUGUGAGUUUGUUGUCAUUUUACUGUUCAUAGUUUUUGAUCUUCUUCUAUUUCUUAGAUA